AAGCUCACCUGCAACAGGCAAACAGCAGAAGCAGCUUCACAUUCAUAGCCCCCACACAAAGGAAGGAAGGAAAGAAGGAAUUCCCUAGUUUGUCGGUCUGUGUGUGUGUCUGUCGAUGAUGCUUCGUUCCCAGUUGCAACCAGGAAGCCCCCGUUUCUCCCUGCCCCUGCGCUGCCCACUGCCGCCACUGACCCAGCCAGCGAUCUAGCUGUCUCUUAAGGAACAUCAUUGGGUUGGGAUACUUCCAGAUAUAUGUUAUAUGUGCAUUCAAGGGUUGAUGAUGAUGCUGAUGAUGCAUGAGGGGCUGUUCACGGUGAGGGGAAAAGUGCCCCAUUUGGGACUCACUCAUUUCUUUUUGUUUGUUUGUUUUCCCUUUUAGCGUUGAGGGUUAUGGCAAGAAGAUGAGGAAGUAAUUUUAUUUAUUUGUUUAUUUAUCCCCCCCCCCCCCUUUUUUUUUUCUUCUUCUUCUUCGUCUGGUCGGGUGUUGGUGGUGAAGCUGAUCGAUAGGUUUUGUGGGGCUGCGAAGAUUUUUUGCUGGAAUGGGUGCGUAAGCUUCAGUCUGGAAUCGGAAGGGUUGAAGGAGCGAACAUUGGGCGUCAGGGUAGUAGUGUGUGUAGUUGAGCGCCCUGGGGUUUGGUUAUUGUUCGAUGCCGAGAUUUGGUUUGGUUAUGGUGGAGUGGAGGCACGGUUUGUUUUUUAUUGCGUUGCCUGCAGGUUGUUGGAUGAGAGUUGUGGCGUAGAAGACGAUGGAAGUGGGAUUUUGGUGGAGGAAGUCAUGUGGAGGUUUGUGAGAGUAGGGAUAGAAGGAGAAUCAUGCGCUUGUGUUAGAGGGUUUGGAUUUGAUGGAGCAGCUCGUGGACAUGGGAUUUCCGCACGAUUUGGCAGCGAAGGCAUUAGCAGCGACGGGAGGAAAGUCCACUUUAACUGCAACAGAGUGGAUUCUGGGUCAAAUGGAAUCUAGAAACUGUUCCAUUCUUAAAUCUCAUCAUGUGCAGGUAGAGCUUCGUCUCGAUUUUCUGCAUUCAGAGUUGUGGACCAAUGUUUCACUAUUCUAGUUUGGUAUUUGGCAGAGCUAGAUUGGCGCAAAAUGCGCGGCACCACAAGUAAUACAGACCACUUCUCCAAUCGAAUUUCAGAUGCAGGGGGCGUGUCGAACAAUUUUUUGGAUCAAGUUCUGGCAAGAGAGGGGUUCACCAUCAGCCAGGGACAGGUAGUUCAACUUUUGUUGUGCAGUCUGAAGAAGAAAGCAAUGUGCAUUGGAAGACGAGACCUUCCUCAAGCGCUUCUCCAUCCCCUGGUGUCAAUGGUGCGCCUGAUUUUGAUCGGAAAAGAUAUAUGACAGCCCCAUCAACUGAAAAAGACAAAGACCUAAACCUGUCCAUGUUCCGGAUAGAUGGUCAGGCAGUUGGCAACCAGGGUAACAUAGGAUUUUCUGGCUUCGCACCUCUCUCCAUGGGUAAGCCUCGACCGUUGGACGUCAAUAGUGAAGCUGUGGCGUCGACGAGUGGGAAAAGCUCAGCUCAUCCUCGUCCGCCAAUUCAGGAACCCUCAAACAAAAGACUCAAACCGAGUGAGCCUAGGGAGCAGCAGGAGGAGACACUAGCACCGGUUUUACCUCGGUCUCAGUUUGCUCCUGCACGCACGUAUGGAACAAAAGCUUUGGUCGGGAGUGGGAAAAGUUUGGAACCUCUCGCUGAGAGGAUGCGACCUGCGUCAGUGGAUCUUGUUGUUGGCCAGGACCAUUUGCUGGGGCCGCGUUGCAUGCUGCGCAAUUUAAUCGAUGCCAAUUCUCUCUCGUCUAUUAUCUUCUGGGGACCUCCAGGCACUGGCAAGACAUCUCUUGUGCAAACCAUCGCUCGCGCCGUAUCCUACAGAUUUGUUGCACUCUCAGCAGUGUCCAGUGGUUUGAAGGAAGUGCGAGAAACUUUGGAGGAGGCUAAGAGGCUACAAAAAUUUGGGGAACGAACUCUUCUGCUCCUUGACGAAAUACACAGGUUUAACAAAGCUCAGCUGGAUGUGUUCCUUCCUUGUGUGGAGGCUGGGCAUAUAGUGUUAAUUGGAGCGACCACGGAGAACCCCUCGUUUGAGAUCAAUGCUGCGCUGCUGUCUCGUUGUAAAGUGCUUACCUUAAACAAAUUGCAACCUGAUCAUAUACGAAGUUUGCUGGAUAGGGCGAUAUCUGACAAAGAAAAGGGCCUUAUGGUGUCUUUAGCUGGUAGUGCCGCUGAAGAUGUGAUCAAGGUCGAACAGGAUGCUCUGGAGUUUCUAGCAGACGCUGCUGAUGGAGAUGCUCGUGUUGCCUUGAACACAUUGGAAUUAGCUGGAUUGGCUGCUUUUGCAUCUUGGGAAAGCACCCCCCGAAGACCUUGUUCAGCCGAUAAAGCCUCAACUAUACUUGCGGAUGCCAAUGCGAAAGUGGAUCGGGAGAAGGAUAGACAAGCAGAAGAUACAAAACAAGAGGCUUCGUCAUCUUUGAUGAUGGUCCCAGCUACAAACGCCAAGCUGGGUAUGUUAGGAACUAGUUUUGGAAUGAAAAGAAUUGAAAUCCUGAAGGAAAGUCUAAAGAAAGACAACCCUUCUGCUGAUGACUACACAAAACCAUUCAAGCGAUUUGUUGGCGGAAAGGAAGUGGUGAAAGGAUUCAAAGAGAUCAAAGAACCAUCACCGAGUGCAGAAGCAGAUGGGGAUUCUGGGGGCUAUUUGUAUGAUGUGGGAUCUAAGGAGAUGUUCGAAAGGGCUGGCAGCACCGAUAGAACAGAAAGAAUAGGAGACACGGCUGGUGAAGUUGGAGGAAUCGGUGGAGUUGGUGUCGAGGUUAAAACGGACAGGAGAAACAUAGUGGUGUCUCUACAGCAGGUGCAAGAGGCUAUUCAACGUUCUUAUUUUUUGUUCGAUAAAUCAGGAGAAGAGCACUACAAUAUUGUUAGUGCCCUUAUUAAGUCAAUGAGAGGUGGAGAUCCUGAUGCAGCAAUUUACUGGCUUGCUCGAAUGUUGGAAGGAGGGGAGGGGCCCCUGUACAUAGCACGCAGAUUGAUCCGUUUUGCAAGUGAGGAUGUUGGUCUGAGUGAUCCUCAGGCACUCGUUUUAGCAGUUGCUUGCUACCAAGCCUGCCAUUUUAUAGGCAUGCCGGAAUGCAACGUCAAUUUGGCACAGUGCGUGACUUAUCUCACACUUGCACCAAAAUCGGUCGUGGUCUACCAUGCUGUAGAGGCUGCUCAGCGACUGGUGAAAGGAGCCAAGAAAAAUGAGCCUGUGCCUAUGCAUUUGAGAAAUGCUCCCACGCAGCUCAUGAAGGAUCACAGCUACGAUCGUCAAGCAGAACCUGCGGACUUCCUACCUCCAUCUCUUCGAGGUCAGAAGUUCCUCAAAGGUCUCAGAAGAACCCAGGGUCCCGAUUGAUGACAAAUUUGCUUUUGAGUAUCCUGGAGUAGUUGUAAUGAAUGUCAGCAAGUCCGAUUUGGCUGAAUGCCUGUUCUGCAUUCUGAUCAUGAGCUGGUCUCUGCUGAAUGAAGAGGUUCUCUGUUGAUGUUGUCUCUGGUCGAACUCAUUCGUGUCGUUAUCGAUCGUAGAUUCAACUAAGUUGGACACACGACUAUUGUACAGGUGUUGCGAUUAAUUAAGAUUUUUUAUGAAAGGAUGUUA